GGCAUACGAUAAUUUCCCAACUUGGCAACUUCCAACUUCCAUUGUAACACAACACGUGUUGACCGUGCCGUCUGAAGUGAUUUGUUUAAUCUUUUGAGUGUAGUUUUUGUUGUAUACUUGACAUCCUAAUUUAAUUAAAAUGGGACGCAAAGGUAAUUUUGUCGAGAAAACUCCCAGUGGUCCGGGUAGGAAAGCCAAAAAACAGAAACCCCCAACGCUACCAGACCAUCUAAAAGAAGUGAAAGAACCGAAAGAAACUUUGGGCAGAAGAUCACAGAAGCGUGCGGCAAAACGCAGUGCUGUCAAAGCUGGAACAGCUACUCGUAAAAAGCAGCCAGUCAAGAAAAAUAAACUUACGUCAAAUGAGUCUCUUGACAGUGAAGACUUGUCGGAUGAAGAGGGAGAAAAAAAGAACCUUUUUGAUGAUGGAGAUUCAAAUAGCAUGGGAGAAGGUAGUGAUGACGAGCCUCUGGCUGACAACUUCAAGGGAAGCUCUGAAGGCAGUUCUGAUGAUGACGAUGAGGAAGAAUUACCUAUUGAGAAAAAGUCAAAACAACUCAAAAUGAAGAAAGAAAAAGUAGACGAGGAAGCUGAAGCAGAACUACAAAUGAACAUUCAGCAGUCAGAAAAGUACACACUUCCAAGUGGAGAAGAAAUUGAAAAAGAAGUGCUGCUUCCUCCAGAUUUGACAGUGCUGAAAUCAAGAAUUAAAGAAGUUAUAGGGGUCUUGAGCGACUUCACCAUCAAACGCGAAGAGGGUCGUGACAGAGUUGAAUACCUUGAACAACUACGUAAAGAUCUCUGCACCUACUACAGCUACAAUGAUUUUCUUAUGGAGGCAUUUAUGGAAACUUUUCCGCUUGGCGAAUUGAUCGAAUUCCUCGAAGCAAACGAAACUCCUAGGCCCAUGACAAUUCGUACAAAUACCUUAAAGACGAGAAGGCGAGACUUGGCUCAGGCACUCAUCAACAGAGGAGUGAAUCUUGAUCCUAUUGGAAAGUGGUCGAAAGUUGGUCUUGUAAUCUAUAACUCGCAAGUACCUGUCGGUGCAACCCCCGAGUAUUUGGCUGGUCACUACAUUUUACAGGGAGCUUCUAGUUUUUUGCCUGUCAUGGCACUGGCACCUCAAGAAGGCGACAAGGUUCUCGAUAUGAGUGCAGCUCCUGGUGGUAAAACAUCUCACAUUGCUGCGCUGAUGAAGAAUACUGGUAUGCUAUUCGCUAACGAUGCGAAUCCUGAUCGAGCAAAGGCUGUUGUUGGUAAUUUACAUCGUCUUGGAGUAACCAACGCUGUUGUGAUGACCUACGACGGAAAAAUUUUACCCAAGAUGAGCAGGGGAUAUAAUCGCGUCUUACUGGAUGCGCCAUGCAGUGGUUCAGGUGUUAUUUCCAAAGAUCCUUCGGCAAAAACAUCCAAAGACAGCAAAGACAUUGCCCGUUGUUCUCAUCUUCAAAAGGAGCUUAUCCUGGCAGCCAUCGACUGUGCCGAUGAAGGUGGUUACAUCGUCUACUCAACGUGUUCUGUACUUGUUCAAGAAAACGAAUGGGUAGUAGAUUACGCUUUGAAGAAACGUCACGUCAAGGUUGUCGAGACUGGUCUCGAUUUCGGUCGAGAUGGCUUCCCUCGAUUCCAGAAAUUAGUAUUCCACCCAUCUGUAAAGUUAUGCAAGAGAUUCUAUCCCCACACACACAAUAUGGAUGGUUUCUUUGUAGCCAAGUUGAAGAAGAUAUCUAACAAUAUACCAUCUGCUGCCCCAGAAGUUGAAGAAGAAGUGGCCGAAGAAAAGAACAGCGACGAUUCUGACGAGGAGACUGUUAAGAGCAAGAGGAUGAAGAGGAAGAAGGGCAAGGCAAACGGUUCUUUAAAUAAAAAGACAGGUCCGAAAAUUGCUAAAAAUGGAAUUGAUGCAAAAGAUGACAAGGUCAAUGGAGUCGCCAAGAAGGGCAGCGCUAUCGUGAAGAAGAAAAUGGGAAAACAACAGAAAAAGAAAAUCGGCCUGGAUUUGGGGCCCAUUUUCUAUUCCGUUAUGCAUCUUCUCGUACCUCAUAUUGUUCACGAAAAACCCAGCAUUUAUGUCCUCAUGGUCAUCGGAGUCCUUUCCUCUCUUCUGAUGGGCUUCUUCUGGGAUGCUACCAGCUACAUCAACGGAGAAGAACACAGCACAGGACUCCUUACAUUACUCUUCUUCCUAUCCCUGGUCGACUGCUCCAGUUCAGUUCUCUUCAUGCCUUUUAUGGCCCGUUUUCGUCAAGCGUACCUGACGUCUUACCUGAUCGGCGAAGGUCUCAGCGGUUUUCUACCAAGCAUCUUCGCACUGAUUCAAGGUGUCGGUGGCAAUCCAUCCUGCCGCAAUAUCUCGAACAUUGUGAAUGGAUCCGAAUCGUGGCAGAUAGAAGCUUUCUAUCCUGAACCCAAUUUCUCAGUUUCAGUUUUCUUUUUCAUCCUGAUGGGUUUGAUGGUUUGUUGCGCCGCUUCUUUCAUCGGGCUUAAUCAUUGUGGAGUAGCUCGUCAAGAGCGUUACGAGUCGGUAGCUACCCGGAUACCUGUAGCUAUAGAUAAUCAGACUUUUGUUGCGUCAACAGAAGUAGUUGAUCCAACGUUCAACGGCAAAUCUGCAAAGAUAAAUUACCAAGUUGAAUUGGACUCGGUAAGCGAAGAGCAACAGCAGGUCAACACAGACAUCCCCAAAUCUGUCUUUAUCUAUUUAUUGCUGUUGCAAGCUUGGGUAUGUGCUCUGAGUAAUGGAGCUCUCCCAAGCAUACAAAGUUACUCAUGUUUACCCUAUGGGAAUACGGCAUAUCAUUUUGCAGUUACUUUGUCGGCUAUGGCGAAUCCUUUGUCAUGUCUUAUCGCCUACUUUCUACCGAUCACAAAUGUAUGUCUGAUAGUCGUCUUCUCCUUCUUGGGAACAUCUGUUUCUGCUUACAUAAUAGCACUAGCCGCACUAAGUCCGACACCUCCUCUGGUCGGAUAUCCUUCAGGAGAAACGCUUAUGAUUCUUUCGUGGAUCCUGUGCGUCGGCCUCCUGACGUACGUCAAAGUCAGCAUUGCGUCUCUUUUCCGUAUGGAAGAAGGAAAGGGAAAUCGCAACCUGUUUUGGUUUGGAGUAUUCACACAGGUGGGAUCAGCUAUUGGCUCCAUUAUUGCUUUCCUUCUCGUUAACGUCUAUCAGUAUUUCGAAGCAUAUUAUCCAUGCACAUAACAACAUGUACAUACAAUAGCACAUAAAAGUCGAGAUAACGUUAA